AUGAAUCAUAAUACUGUAAUUUGUCGUGCAGAUAAAGGCAACUCUAUCGUUGUACUGGAUAAAAAAGAUUAUAUUACAAAGAUGGAAGUAAUUCUUCAACUGAAGCAAUUUAAAUUUACCAAACAACCACCACUAAUUAGUAGAGAAAAAUCCAUGAAUAUGUAUAUUUUAAAAUUAUUGAAUGAUAAUGUGAUUGAUAAGGAAACUUAUUAUCGUAUUCAUUCCAGUUGUUCCUCUUAUGCUACUAUGUAUGGUCAAUCCAAAAUUCAUAAACUAAAUUAUCCACUUCGCCCUAUCAUAUCAUCUAUAGGGUCUUACAAUCAUGAUCUGUCUAAAUAUCUUUACGAACUCAUUAAAAAUAAUCGACCAUCAAAAUCUUUUUCUUAUAUCCGUGACUCAUUCGAAUUUGUUAAGAAGAUUACAGGAAUCCAAAAUAGCGCCGAUCAAAUAAUGAUUAGUUUUGAUGUCGAUAGUUUAUACACAAAUGUUCCUGUUCAUGAAGCUAUAGAGAUUACUCUUGAUAUGUUAUUUAAAAGGCCUACUCCACCUCCGAUACCUUUUACUCGUUCACAAUUAAAACGAUUAUUAAAAAUUGCUGUAUGUGACAUUCCAUUUAGAUUUCUUGAUAAAAUAUAUAUACAAGUCGAUGGAGUAGCAACGGGAUCACCUUCAGAGCCAAUAUUAGCUGAUUUAUUUAUGUAUAAUAUUGAGUAUAAACUAAAUAAAUUCUCAACAAAUAAACCAUUAGUAUGGAUUAGAUAUGUAGAUGAUAUAUUUUGCAUUUUUAAAAAACAAUAA